GAAAACUUCUAGUGAACAAAACGGAAUAAAUCGUCCUAAUUUAUCAUAAUCCCACGAAACAUUGAAAUAGCGAUGACGUGAACAAUAGUGAAACAUUUUCCUCGCCCAGAAUUCGACCAAAAUCAGAUGAUUUUGCCUCCCACAGCACUUGACACUGCAGCUGCGCAAUUUUAAUUGUCCUGUCACGUGUUUUUUUCUGUCAUCACGGCCACACAUUUUUCUAAUUUUCUCCAGAGAUGAUAUUGUCCCGCGGAUCUGUUGUAAUAGUGAGAUGAGAGAGACUGUUUUGUCCUGGGGGUUUAAUGGCGAUGGAAUGGACGUGGUGGAAGGACUGGUGGAGACUGAAGAAGUGGCGUCAGAGUAGGAGUCAGCAGGAGAAUUUAGAGAUCGAUGACUUUGAUGACUGUUGUUACUGUGAUGAGUGUCUUGGCGAGCUGUCGGACGGGUGUGUCAGCGAGGAUGGGUGCAUGGGAGGAAGUGACCUCGAUGGCGAGGGCAAGCAAGUCCUGGUGGGAAUAUGCGCCAUGGCCAAGAAAUCCCAGAGUAAACCGAUGAAGGAGAUUCUAACGCGUCUCGAGGAAUUCGAGUACAUAAAAAUCCUAGUAUUCGGUGAGGAGGUGAUUUUGAAAGAGCCAGUGGAGGAUUGGCCAAUCGUUGAUUGUCUGAUAAGUUUCCACAGCAAGGGAUUUCCUCUUGACAAGGCCAUCAGUUACGCAAAUCUCAGGAAUCCAUUCAUCAUCAAUAAUUUACCGAUGCAGUACGACAUUCAGGACAGAAGAAGAGUGUAUGCUAUUCUGGAGAGCGAGGGCAUUGAAAUACCCAGGUAUGCGGUACUGGACAGAGACUCAGCUGAUCCAAAACAAUUUAUUUCAGACCACGAACUGGUGGAGUCUGAGGACCACGUGGAGGUCAAUGGUGUGACGUUUAAUAAACCAUUCGUUGAGAAACCAGUGUCAGCUGAGGAUCACAAUAUUUAUAUUUAUUAUCCUACUUCUGCGGGUGGUGGUAGUCAACGUUUGUUCAGAAAAAUUGGCAGCCGAAGUAGUGUAUAUUCCCCAGAAUCUCGAGUACGAAAGACUGGCUCCUACAUCUACGAAGAUUUCAUGCCGACAGACGGUACCGACGUCAAAGUCUACACAGUGGGUCCCGAUUAUGCUCAUGCAGAAGCCAGAAAGAGUCCAGCCCUGGAUGGAAAAGUGGAGAGAGACUCUGAAGGAAAAGAAAUACGAUAUCCAGUGAUUUUGAGCAAUGCCGAGAAAUUAAUAAGCAGAAAAGUCUGCCUGGCCUUUAAGCAGACCGUCUGUGGCUUUGAUCUCCUGAGGGCAAAUGGAAAGUCGUUUGUUUGUGACGUCAAUGGCUUCAGUUUCGUUAAGAAUUCCAAUAAGUAUUACGACGACUGUGCCAAAAUCUUGGGGAAUAUGAUACUCCGGGAAUUGGCACCAACUCUACACAUUCCUUGGAGCGUUCCAUUCCAACUGGAUGAUCCACCGAUUGUACCGACCACCUUUGGAAAAAUGAUGGAAUUGAGGUGUGUGGUGGCAGUGAUUCGUCACGGGGAUCGCACACCGAAGCAAAAAAUGAAAGUAGAAGUUCGCCAUCCAAAAUUUUUCGAGAUCUUCGCCAAGUAUGAUGGGUACAAGCAUGGCCAUGUGAAACUGAAGCGUCCUAAGCAGCUGCAAGAAAUUCUCGACACAGCGAGGAGCCUUCUAGCUGAAAUCCAGCAUCGAGCAGCUGGUCCAGAGCUCGAGGAGAAACAAGGGAAAUUGGAGCAGCUCAAAAGUGUCUUAGAAAUGUACGGCCACUUCUCCGGCAUCAACCGAAAAGUCCAGAUGAAAUACCAGCCACGAGGUAGACCUAGAGGCAGUUCAUCCGACGAUGGUAACAGCCACAAUCGUUUGGGUGAACCUUCACUCGUACUCAUAUUGAAGUGGGGUGGAGAGCUUACUCCAGCGGGGAGAAUUCAGGCCGAGGAAUUGGGAAGAAUUUUCAGGUGCAUGUACCCUGGUGGUCAAGGUAGACACCUUAGUGAGGAUGACUCAGAGAUGUUACCAAGCCACGGGGAGUAUGCAGGGGCUCAGGGUUUAGGUCUAUUGAGAUUACACUCCACCUUCAGACACGACUUGAAAAUUUACGCGAGCGAUGAGGGAAGAGUCCAGAUGACAGCAGCUGCCUUUGCAAAAGGCCUUCUAGCGCUCGAGGGGGAGUUGACACCGAUUUUAGUGCAAAUGGUGAAGUCUGCUAACACUAAUGGACUUCUCGAUAAUGAUUGUGAUAGUAGCAAGUAUCAGAAUAUGGUAAAAACAAAGCUUCACGAGCUACUCCAGCAAGACCGAGACUUCACUCCAGAGGAUCGUGCGCAGAUAAAUCCCGGAAACGCCUUAAGCAUCAACGACGCCCUAGACUUCGUGAAGAAUCCAGUGAAAUGUUGCCAGCACGUACAGUCACUGAUUCAAAAACUAAUGGAUAUAGUUCGUCUGAAGAAAGAGGAUCCAAAGACCAAAGACGCCAUUCUCUAUCACGGAGAGACCUGGGAGUUGAUGGGCCGUCGUUGGGGCAAGAUUGAGAAGGAUUUUUGCACCAAGAACAAGCGUUUCGACAUUUCCAAAAUCCCAGAUAUCUACGACUGCAUAAAGUACGAUCUCCAGCACAACAACCACACCCUGCAGUUCGAUCACGCCGAGGAGCUCUACAUCUACGCCAAAUACCUCGCGGACAUCGUGAUCCCUCAGGAGUACGGGCUGACAGUCCAAGAGAAGCUGACGAUAGGUCAAGGCAUUUGCACGCCGUUACUGAAGAAGAUCCGAGCGGAUUUGCAGAGGAACAUCGAGGAGUCUGGCGAGGAGACAGUCAACAGAUUGAACCCGAGGUACUCCCACGGGGUGUCGAGUCCUGGGAGACACGUGAGGACUCGUCUCUACUUUACGAGUGAGAGUCAUGUUCACUCGUUGCUGACAGUCCUCAGAUAUGGUGGUCUUCUUGACGUUAUCAAGGACGAGCAGUGGAGGCGAGCCAUGGAGUACGUGUCGAUGGUGUCAGAGCUCAAUUACAUGUCCCAAAUAGUUGUGAUGCUGUACGAGGAUCCCACGAAGGACCCCAGCAGCGAGGAGAGAUUCCACGUUGAACUGCAUUUCAGUCCUGGUGUGAAUUGCUGCGUUCAGAAGAACCUUCCCCCGGGUCCUGGCUUCCGUCCGCACUCGAGAAAUGAGAGCAGUCACAAUUUGGAGACAAAUUCCCAGUGCAGUACUAGAAUUGAAGAGGAGGAGGAAGCUUUCCUGGGGGAUGUGUCGAGCCCAAUCAGUCCUCAGGAGACAUCAGACUCAUCUCCACCGUUGAUUGAGACGGAGAAUGCUGAUUCGACACUGGGCAGCCCGACUACCAGUCGAGCUAUCGAUAUGAUGGAUCUGGAUCCUAAUAUGAUGGACGAGCCUUAUGACUCGGGAUUUCUUCAGGGCUCGGCGCCAAUUCCCAUCAGUGCUAGGACUGUUGCUGGCCAUGAGGCUGCCAGGUUAGGGAGUCAACUGGCAGCUAGUCAGAGACAGAGGCGAGAGAGGGAAGCUGCUAGCAUCUGUGAGCCUAGGGCAAGGAGUUAUGAUCAUCAGAGACAAGAGAAGCCAGAGAAAACUGCAGAUAAGCUGCAGUAUCAGAGUCUGGACGCUGUCAACAGAGAAGAUAAAUCAGCUCGGUCACGUCACAAUAGUCCGCCAACUCUAAUAGAAUCACGAAAUAUUCUCGGAAUACCGAUGGUUCUUCCGUACACCCUGAGCUCACCUGAGUUUCCCGCGCCCCUUCUGGACUCACUCCAAGAGCACGGACCCCUGGUAACCCUUCACAAUACCUCUCUGGGCUCACCCACCACGAAAAGACCAUCGAUUCAAAUAUCAGAGGACGCUAAACCCCUCUUGAGCGCACCCCAACGCUACGGCCGCUCGCAGUCAACCUUGACCCUUCCAGUAUUGGAAGUCCGGGGUGAGUUCGACCCGGUACGCUCCAGAUCCCUAUCACCAAGCCCUAGAGUACAUUGCCAAUGUUAUAACUGCAACAUCUCCGAACUAAUACUCCAGAGUCAUGAACUGAGUCCCUCUGAGCGCUCAAACUUGAGAACCUACUUCGCUCGCUCGAUGUCACGUAAAUUUGUAAAUUGCUCGUGUUACGGUGUAUACGUAGACGGUCCAGGUGUACCUCAUCGGGAGGGUGAAAAUCCCUCUAAAAAAAACUCAAGACGUCAAUCACUCGAUCGUAAUUACCUCGUUAUAAAAAAUUGUCACCUAAAUUUUGAUAAAUUUCUUCGUCAUCGGUUGACCAAACGUCACUCAUGGCCACUUAUUGUGAGGACUGAGGCUGAUAAAAGGCAUGCUAGUUUACCACCAGAAUCAUCAUCAUUUACCUCUGAUCGUAGUCCUAGUGCAUCACACAAUCAUUAUGUUAAAUAUCACAGUAGUUAUGCCUGUAAGCACGAUGAGAGAUACAGAAAAACACAAUUAUCAAGAACCUUAUCCAAAAUCCACGCGCAACGAUCCUUCUCAUCCCCAGACACAAGACCUACGAUCAUUCAACCUGACCCUACAUGCACAGCAAGGCGCCAUCGUCACAGUAUCUCCGGGCAGAUGAGUUAUUUCAAACUACUGGGUUACAACGUUACCAAGAAGCUGACUGGUUCCGCUAAUAGUUUAUUCAGUACUGCUGUUAUCAGUGGUUCAUCAAGUGCUCCCAAUCUUAAGGACAUGGUACCACAGCACGCGUCAGCUGUUGCAGCUAUUGAAGGAUUCGGUGGUGUUCCACCUAUACGACCUCUGGAGACGCUGCACAAUGCUCUGUCGCUUCGUCAAUUGGACUGCUUCCUGGAUAUGAUGACGAGUGCUCCCUUGUUCAGAACUCCAGCCUCGUCUCCACCGAAAUUUCCGUCACCGGGUGGAUCUCAGGGGUCUCUCGUUCCGCAUUUGUCGAUUGGAGUUGCUAUGGAACCGUCCAGAUUCAUUUCCACAUCUGGACUUCCUUAUAAGACGGGACAGGAGGGAGAGGCUGGUGAUCAUCGAGGGCAGCUAUCUCCAACAAGUCCAAACAGUACAGGUUGGAGCAGCGAGCCCCAGUCGUUCCUCUCGUCAGAGCCAUCGUCUCCAGCCCCCACAUCAGCAGGUGAAUGCAGCAUGUCGAUAAGCCUCAUCAGCAAUGAUGGAAGUCAGACAUUCGCGGGUCCCAAGUUCUCCGCAGCCCCUUGUCUCGACAUGGACUUCAACGACUUCUGCAUAGCAAUGGAUCAGGACAGCAGGGAGGGCAGAGGCAGUAUAUCCUACACAGACUACUACAGCAGUGAAGACGGCACCAUCCGGAAGACAAUUGAGGAGCCCAAGGAGUCAAUGGAGGACGAGGAAGAGCAUACACUGACACUGAGGCAGACUGAAGAGCAGAAGAAGCAAGACGUCCAGUCGAUCUUUGACCAGAAGCCCAGUGGCUUCAAGAAAAUCGGAAGAUUCAGGGUGGAGAGUAUGGAGAUCGCUGAUGACGACGUGAGGAUCAAGACUGAUGUCUUGAGUUCUUCGCAUUCCCUGGAGAAGUUGAGGGUUCAGAGCAUUUCGCCGUUAAAGAAGGAGAGAAUUGAUGAUGGGAAGAAGUCUCGGAGCCUCAGGGUCAAAAAGGGGAAGACAAUUCUCAGAUCUCAGAGUGUCUCUGGUGCACAAGCGCAUGACAAUGAAGAACCUGGUGGGGUGUACGAGGGCUCACUCUCCACCACGAAACUGGGGAGCUUCUCCACCAUGAGUGGGGGUGACUUGGAGCAUUGGAAGAAGUCCGUUGAAGAGAGGCCUAUCAAAGCUACUUCAUCUGCUGAAACUACGGAUGAACCGACUCUUACUGUCGCUGCGAGUCUGAGCGACAGCUCCAAUGUCACGAUCGGAUUUGAUAUUAAAGGCGAUAAACAAUGUUGAGAAUUUUGUAUUUCCAAUUAAACCAUUCCUGACUCAUUAUGAUUUGUCUGAGGUCGAAGUGGGAGAGAAUAAUACGGCAAAGGCUUUCAUGUAUGUGGUAGUGAUGUUCAAGGUGCUUAGGAGCUUUCUAGAGCCUUUUUUGAUCGGAAGUACCUGAUUAUUAGUUUUUAGGAUUAUUUUAGGUGAUAAUGAUGAAACAUUCAUGUGUGAUGUAAUUAACCAGCUGAUACUUAAUGAUGAAUGUAUUAUUAGGAUAUUUUUAGACGAUUACGAAAAAUUUUCAAUUUUGUGAGAGACCAUGUGAUUAUUGUAAAGUCUAGACUCUUUGUAUAAAUUGUUGAUAAAUAUGUACAGGUCCGCAUUAUAUGAUGAAUAAAUAACUGUUGAGAUUA